AUGUCUACCGAAGCCUUCAACCCAAAUCCUGUGGUCUUCGCGACCGCAAAGUCAUCUCGGCCUGUACCGGCAUAUGUCAAAUCAAACUCCUUGUGGCUGGAUGAUGAGGAAUGCAGCACGGAGGGGUUUGAUGAGUCGAAUGAGAUUGAGGAGAUUGACCAGGAUGAGAUAUUUGGUGCGUUCUUUCGUCCACUGCGGGCUCGACAACUCAUCCGUUCAAUAUCUGAUCCCGAGCACCGAAAUAUGUCUUUGGAGCAGCUCGCGGUCGUCUCGGCCCCACAGAUAACAUUUGACGCGCGGUCACCCAACAGACUGACAGUAGAGUUCACGCCGACGGUCCCGCAUUGCGGAAUGAGCACGUUCAUUGGUCUCUCGAUCCGCGUGAGAUUGCUCCGCAGUCUGCCAAAUAGAUACAAGGUCGACAUCCGUGUGAAGUCUGGGUCACAUCAAAGCGAGCAUGCAUUGAAUAAGCAGCUGAACGAUAAGGAACGGGUUGCUGCUGCCCUGGAAAAUCCAGCGCUGGUGGAGGUGCUCGAACAAUGUUUGUCCACGGCCGGUCAUGAAUCGGACACAGCUUCUGUGUGA